GACCCCCAGAAGAUAAGGUGUUACUAGUAGUACUCCCUCUCUCAUGGAAGCGGGUUCUCCCCUUGUCCCUGAUGGCGAUGCGCGUCUCUUUCUUCUUCGGCCCUCCUAAGCUCUUCCCCUUCUUCGAUUCUCGCGAUCUUUCCGCGAAAUCCGCUGCCUUCUUAUCUCCUCCACCUUGCUCCUCCCCAUCCAAGAAGCCACGACGGAAUUUAGGAGCUCGCGCCAUGGCGGGUGGUCCUCCGAGCACCGUCCUCGUCACCGGCGCUGGUGGUAGAACAGGCCAGAUUGUUUACAAGAAACUGAAAGAGAGGACGGACCAGUUCAUUGCAAGAGGCUUAGUCAGGACAGAAGACAGCAAAAAUAAAAUAGGGGGUGCCAAUGAUGUAUUUGUAGGUGAUAUAAGAGAUGCUGAAAGUAUUGUUCCUGCUGUCCAAGGAAUUGAUGCACUCAUAAUCCUGACAAGUGCUGUGCCAAAGAUGAAACCAGGGUUUGAUCCAAGCAAAGGUGAAAGGCCUGAAUUCUAUUUUGAGGAUGGAUCAUACCCCGAGCAGGUUGAUUGGAUUGGUCAGAAGAACCAGAUAGAUGCUGCCAAAGCUGUUGGUGUGAAACAGAUUGUUUUGGUCGGGUCUAUGGGUGGAACAGAUGUCAAUAAUCCAUUGAACAACAUUGGGAAUGGGAAUAUACUUGUGUGGAAACGGAAGGCAGAACAAUAUUUAGCAGAAUCUGGAACACCAUACACAAUUAUAAGGGCCGGAGGAUUACAGGAUAAAGAUGGGGGCCUGCGGGAAUUGCUAGUGGGCAAGGACGAUGAACUACUCAAGACAGAGACUAGAACAAUUGCUCGGGCUGAUGUUGCAGAAGUCUGCAUUCAGGCGCUGCUGUUUGAAGAAGCUAAGUUUAAGGCAUUUGAUCUAGCAUCCAAGCCAGAGGGCACAGGAACACCAACGACAGAUUUCAAGGCACUUUUCUCCCAGAUUACUGCUCGUUUCUGAGUCUGUUGGCAGCCUAGAGUGUUUAAUCGUCAGUCGUGAAGGAAGAUUUAGAAAUGGAUGUUUAUUUGCUUUUGCUGAAAAAACGUGAUGCCAUCAGUUCAUAUGAGUUUGUUCCCAUAUUCACAAAAUUUUGUAUUACCAUUUUUGAGAAAUAAAUUUUGUACUACUGUGUGCUUGUGCUAA